AUGCUAUUAAAAUUUUUAACUAUACUUUUCAUCAAUAUAUAUUUAAUAAUAGCUAUAAAUUUUGAUGAAAAUAUUUUGACUAAAGAAAGUACGGAUAAAAAAAAUAUUAAAGAUGAAAUAUUUUUAAGAACUAGGGAUCUUUUUAAAGGAUCUCAAUUAAUUCAAGUUGGUCAAAGAGAACCAUAUACAGCAUUUAUAACAAAAAUUACAUUACCAAAAUAUCAUUGUAUUGAUAAGUUAAAACUUAAGACAAGUACAAUUUUGACUGGGGCAGAGGAUAUUGAGAUUGUCUUUGAAGAUUGUAAUGGAAGAUGGAAAUUAAUUCAUUAUAGUAAUCUUAAAAAUCAAUUUGAUUUUUUAAAAAAAAUAUAUGUCAAGACAUUUGCCAUCCUAAGUUCAAAGAGUAUUGCUGAUGUGACUGAAGUUUUUGUGGGAUUAUGUGAUAAUAAUGAAGAUAUAUAUAAUAACAAUGAAUAUAAAAAAGAUUGUCAGGUUCGAAAAAAAAAUAACAAACAUAAAAUAAAAAAAAGGAGUAAAAGAUUUUUACAAAAUAUGGAAUCAUCAAUUAAUGUUAUUUUUUUGAAUGAGCAGCAAAAUGAAAAUAAUCAGUUAUUUAAUUCAAUAAACUCGACUCAAAAAGAAAUUUUAAAAAGACAAGUAAAUAAAAAUGUUAUAGAGACAUGUGAACCAGGAUGGUAUGGUGAAAAUUGUAAUAUAGCUGAUUGUUCAGGAAAAAAAAAUUGUUCUGGUGCUGGUUAUUGUGUUAAACCAAAUGAAUGUCGUUGUAUAUUAAAUCAUUAUGGUGAUGAUUGUAGUUUAUGUCAGGGACCAUAUUGUAGUCAUUGUGACUAUCAUUGUGUUCAUGGAAAAUGUGAUAUUGUUACCAAAACAUGUCAAUGCUCUAAUUUUUGGGGUGGAAGUGCCUGUGAUGUCUGUUUAGAUAAAAAGAAAUGUUUGACGGAGCCAAAACUUUUAAUGCUUCUUCCUCAAUCAGGGCCAAUACUUAAACAAAAUACAUUUGUCUUUGCCCAUGGGACCGAUUUUCCGAAGGCUGACUCAUAUAGAUACUCAUGUAUUUUUGGAGGAAUUGCAACAGAGGGCCGUUGGUUAAGCUCAAAUUUAAUUCGAUGUAUGGUUCCACCAGUUUCCCAUGUAGGGAAACAUUUAUUCAAUUUAAUUCCUCUUAAUAGUAAUAUAAAAAUUCAAUAUUUAGAAAAUAGGCCGAUUCAUUAUACUUUUUAUGUUGAUUGUAAUCCCAAUAUUUGCCAAGGCAGUUGCAUGGGACCAAAAUGUAUUUGUGGUAAUGAUAGAAAUGGUCUUCAAUGUGAAGAUAUAAAUGCUAUGUCAAAUGAAAUAUAUAAUCAAACAAAAGUAAAUGAAGAAUUAGCUAAUGCUUUUGAGGGAGUACCUUAUCGUGUUAAUGUUCCUAUUAAUAGUGACUCAACAUUGAUAUCUUUGAUGUCGGAAGCAAUUAACUAUGGAUUACGUUUUGAUGUUUUUAAAGGACAAUUAGUUUGGGAAAAUCCAAUUGGAAGAAAAGAACCUUAUGAAAUAAAUGUUGUAAUGAAUCAUGGUUUUAUAAGGUAUUCUUUAAAAUGGAUUUUAAAUGUUAAACCAAGUUAUGAUGGUAGAAUUAUUAGUAUUAAUUCACCAGAUAUUAAUGAUAUAAUAGUAAAAGGUUUUAUAAAGUUUUAUCUUAAUACGAAACCAUUUCAAGCACCAUUGUUAAUUUCAAUAUUUUCAUCAGAUAAACAAUCUUCUGAUACAUUCAUAGAAAUUGUCAAAAUAAAAUCAUCACAAAAUGGAACAUUUGUCAAAAAUUUAGUACCAUAUGCAUUACCAACUGAAAAUUAUUCUCUUUGUUUAACACAUCCUGGAGUUAUAGAUAUUAAUAAUGGUAUAUUUUGUGAAAAAUCUAAUGGAUAUUCUGAGGGAGUAUGGAGUAUUUCUAAAAUAAUCAUCAACCAUUCUUCAUCAUUAAAAUGUAUUAAAAAUGAAAAUAAAACAUUAAGUAACAUGAUAAAAGGAAUUUAUAAAAUAAAAAGUAUAAAUUUUGAUUGUGCAAAUAGUUGGGAAUUUGAUAUUUUAUUCCCAAGAGAAAAGAUUUCUGUAAGAAAAUUAGAAUUUAAAGAUGAUGGAAAUACAUUAAUGGCUGAAUUUAUUUUAAAAAAUAAUCAAUGUUUAGAGAAAAAGUUUAAUUUCAUUGGACUUAUUUUUUGUCCUAAUAGUAGGAUGUCUUCAGUUGUUAGGCAAACAAUUGAGUGUCAAGAAAUUGGAUAUUUAAGAACCGAACCAGAAAAAUUAAUUAUUGUAGUAAAUCCAAUUACUAAUUUUACUGAAUCAUUUAGUUUGAAAAUUUAUGUUUCAGAUGAAACAAAAAGAAAUGACUUGUUACAAAAUAUUUUAUCUGAUUCAAGUAUUGUAAAACCAUUUUCAAUUAUAAGUUUAGAUGAGAAUGAUGAUUAUAUUGAAAUUGAAUUACUUAAUGAAUCAAUUGAAAAUAUAACUAACAGUAACGGUAAUCUUUACUUACCAAACAUAGAAAAUCCAAUUGUCAAAGUACCAUACUUUAUUAAAUUUUCAAUAACAACAAGCAUUAAUUUUAACAUUUAUUUAAAAUCACUUUUAAAAGAUAAUUUAAAAGAUAAUAAUGAAAUAAUUGCCACAAUAAAUAUAAAAUCUCCAUCAAGAAACAUAUCUAUUAUUAGAGGUUCUAAGAUGAAUGAAAUUGUUGAAUUUAAUAAUUUUGCCCCUGGAACAUAUAGUAUCUCAAUUAUAGCAUAUGGUUACAAUGACUAUUAUAAUAUUUUAACUAUUAAUGAAAAUAUAAAAAUGUUAACAGUAUUUUUGGAACCAGAAUUCCCUUAUAAACCAAUCAUUAGUAAUAAUGAAUAUUCAAUGGAAAAAAUACAAACAUAUUUAAAAAAUGUUCCAUUGGUAAGUGUAACACCAUCAUCCUUAACAUUAGAAGGAAACGAAAAAUUAUUUAAAAAAUAUAUUGAAUUACAUUAUGAAGAAGGAAUUGAAUCUACCUUUGUUACAUUUAAUGAUAUUGAUAAAAUUUAUGAAAUGAUUACAUUAAAUGGUAAUAUAUACAAAAUUGAAGUUAAUUCAUUAAAUAACACCUCAUUAUGUUUGGGAUGUAAAAUAAAAGUUUUAUUAACAAUUACAUUACAAGAUAUUACUUUUGAUAAGGCAUAUGAUAUAGAAAAAGGAAAAAUAAUAAAAUUAGAUUAUUUUGUUCUUAUAAGAAGUAUCAAUUGGAAUUAUAAAGGAUACUCUGAUUUAUUAAUAAUUAAUAAAAAUUCUGAUCAAAAACUUAAUUUACCAUCAAUGAAUAAAUAUCAUAUUAUGUGUAAUUGUUAUGUUUCAACACUACAAAAUUGUUUAAAAGAUUAUCAAAGUGUUUUGGGUUGUUCAAAGAGUUGGGAUCGUAUACCUGAUGAGAUAAUUUCAAUACAUACAUUUGCAAAUUUUAUUUUAUUAAAAGCAGACUGUGAAAGAAAUGGAAUACAGAUGAAAAAAGUUAAAAAAUUACUUGAAUGUUUAAAUGAUAUGGAAGAGAUGUGUCCAAGAGUCAAAAACAAAAAUAAUAAUCUUGGUAUGCAUGAAAGUUUUCCCCAACAAUUAAAGAAUACUUUUCUAUCCUCAUUUCCUAAUAUAAAAAGUUUAGAAUUACAAUUAAGUGAAAUUCCAAUAUUAUUUAAUCAUUUUUUUAAUCAACUAGAUAUUCUUAUACCUGAUAAUGAAAUUAGUCAAAUUACAGAUUUGGGAUGGUUUAAUAAUUUUAUUAAGUUUGCCUCAGACUACUCUCAUGGUAGUAAUGAGAUAACUGAUCAAGAAUUACUACGAUUUCCAAAUUGGUAUCAAGGAAAAUCUUUGAUAUUUAGGUGGAAUACUAUGAAAAAAGAUUUAGAAGGAGAAAAGGAUUUGAUGUUUAAUUUGAUGCCAAAUUCUACAAUAUUUGCAUUUAAAGAUUUAGUUGAAAAGUCAGAUAAAUUAAAAACUAUCAGUCGCCAAUUUAAUCAAGAUACUCCAUUUUCAAUGCUCAAUGAAGUUUUGUAUACUUUAUUUUCAAAUGUAGAAGCUACCACAAGUUUAGUUCCCUCAAUUUUAGAUAACUCAUGCAAAUUUAAUGAUGUUUAUAUUAAAAAUUCUAUGGAUAAAGUUUUUGAAAAUGAAAGUUUUAAGGUGAUUCUUUAUAUUAAAUCAAAUACUAAGAUGAAACUAACAAUUAGUGAUGUAAAGUUAAACUUAGAGAUGAAAAAAAUGGAUGACUAUGACAUUAAUAUACAAUUUAGAAUAAUACCAAAUUUUAAUAAAUAUUUUUCUGGAGAUAAAAUGACGAUUGUUGAAUGGGUGAUAACACCUAUGAUUAUGAGAAGAUUAACCAAUGAAAUAAAAUUUAAACCAGUAGUAAUGUUAAAAUUUAAACAUCCAAUUAGUGAAGAUAUAUUAGAACAACAAUUAUCAUCUCAAGUUGUUUCAAUAAUUCCAAUGGAAUUUGUAAGAAUUUAUUGGUUUUCAUAUCCAUAUGUUAUAAAUGAAAAAAGUAAAAAUCCAUCUCGAUCAUAUUCAGCAUUACUCUCAAUUAUGAAUGCUGGUUACACUGAAUUAAAAAAUAUAGAACUCAAUAAUAUAAAAGCUUACAUUAUUUCGGAUGACUUUAAUAAAAGAAUUCCAUUUAAAAUUGUCAAAAAUAAUUCAUUAAUGAAAAUACCACAAUUGUUGUCUGGUGAAAGUGUUCAAAUUCCAUUUGAUUUUUAUUUAGAAAAUGCUGAUCAAGGUAUACUUACAAAUUUAUCUCUUCAAUUGACAACAAGUGGUCGAUUUCCUGCUCAUAUACAAAGUAAAAGUUUUAAUAUACUUCAACAAAUAAAUGAUAAAAAAUUAAUCAUCUAUGAAAACGAUUUCUCAUUACCAAUAAUUUAUUAUGAUAUAGAACGUAGUCGAAUGACACCAAUUCAAGAAGUUUCUGUUGAAAUUUCAAAAAAUGGAACGAUAAAUAUUGAAAGAAAUAAAUUAAAAUACUUAAUUUUAAAUGUUCAGAAAAAGAUUAAUCAAAAUAGGGAAUCAAGAUUUGGACCAUUAUUUAUACAACUUAAUAUAUCUUCUAUACUCAAUGAUGUACCAGAUCAAAUCCAACAAAUAUCAACUCUAUCAAAUGGUCAAUUAAGACAAAUAGAUAAUGAUAAUAUUUGGUUUAAUAGUGAAAAAUUAAAUUUUGUUGAUUUGGAAAAUAAAAGUACCAAUGAGAAACUACAGUAUAUUAUUGUUUUUGGAAAUAAAAAAUUAAAUUUAAAUUCUUCAAAAGUUUUUGAUGCAUUUGGAAGUUUUCAAAACACAUCAAAAAAUAUUAAUAAUAAAAGUAAUACUAUUUCUACUGAUAAAAAGUAUACCACUUCACCUGUAAGUAUUGAAACAUUAUUUCCAAAAGAAAAAGCAAAUACACAAAAAGUAAAUUUUGGCAAAGAGUAUAAUGAUAUAACAUCCUUACCAAAUAAAGGUACUUCAAAAACAGUAAUACCUGGUAAAAUGUUAACUACAAAUUUCUAUUAUAAUACUUCAACUUACACAAAAAUUCCUAAAAUAAUUUCAACAGAAACUGUUUCUAAAAGUACACCAUAUUUACCUAGAGAAUUAAAUGAAAUGGAAAUAAAUCUAAUAAAUAAAAAAGAAAACAUUUCAAGUAUUGAUGUAAAGAAUUCUUCUACUAAAAAUACCACUGGUACAUUAAAUAAAAACUUUUAUUUUUCAACAUUACCAUCUUCAAAUCCAUUAAAUGAAAUAAUAUCUAGUAAAGUAACAAAAGCACCUAACCAAAAUAAAGAAACUUUAACUAGUAUUAAAAAUUUGAAUGAAAAUGAAAAUAUAUAUUCAAAAAACAAUGGUUUUGACAAAAAACCGUCAACCAAAUUUUCAUCUUUAGAAAAUUCUACAAACAAUCAAAGUCCUUUUAAAUUUAUUCCAACUUAUGAAGUAAAUAGUCCUGAAAAACCCUUACUAAGUUUGUCAACUAAAAAACCUAUUAAAGAAUUAGAAUUUUAUGAACAUUUCACUACAACAAAUUCAUAUUUUAUCAGUUUAGCAAAUAAUCGUAAUGAUACGAUAAAGAAUACUUCAGGCAGUCUUUCACCAAAUAAAUCUACAACAAUUUUAACAUUUCCGGAAAAUGGUCUUCAUCCUAUUGGUCAAUUACUAAAAGAUAGUACUAACGGAAAAAGUAGUAAAAAAUAUAAAACAAAUACAAAAGCAGAGACACUUUUUCCUUCGAAAGCUAUGAUCACUUCAACAAAAUCAUUAGAUGUAUUUGGAACUACAGUAUCACCGGAAAAUAAUUUUGCUUUUAAAAAUUCAACACAUAAAUCAAGUAUAGUCACAUCAAUCAAAGACGCAAUUCCAUUAUCCUCUACAACAACUACAAAUGAGUAUUUCAAUACAUCUAAUUUUGUAUUUACUCCUUUUGAAAAAACUAAAUCUGGAGAUCCCAAUGGAGUUUUUACUAAAGAUUAUUUUAAAAAUGUUGCCUAUAAAAUUCAAAAUAAUCCUAGAGAAACUAUACAAAUGGCUUGUAACAAUAGGAAAUCAAAUCCAAUAUGGCAAAUAAUUUGUGAUUUAGAUAAAAUCUUUGAGAUAGAAUCUAAUUUGUAA